AUGACAAGAUCACCAAUUCAAGGAAAUAAUAUAGACUACCGAGAUUACAAAAGUCCAACAUUACUUGCUUCAACGUCCAUUGAUCGUUUAACAGAUAAACUUCAUCGAUUAGAAAAUGAACGUAGUAGUUUAACUUUACAAGUACAAGUUUUAACUGAACAAUUGGAACUUCAACGUGAUACAAUUAAUGAAUUUGAACGACAAAAAUUAUCUAUAUUAAAAAAAAAUGGUAUGGUUCAUCGACAACCAUCAUUUACAACAAGAGUGAGUACAUCGUUUUUUUUACUCUUUGCAGAGCAUACUAAUUUUGAAGAUAAUACAAGUUUGACACAGAAUAUCUAUCUAGCUAAUAAAUCAUGA